GUUGAGCAUUGGCCCAUGCACCACAAGGUGUUGGGUUCAAUUCCCAGUCAGGGCAUAUGUCUGGGUUUCGGGUUUGAUCCACAGCUGGGAAGUAUAUUGAAGGCAGAGGUGGAGGAGACACUGAAGCGACUUCAGAGCCAGAAGGGAGUGCAGGGAAUCAUCGUGGUGAACACAGAAGGCAUUCCCAUUAAGAGCACCAUGGACAAUCCUACCACCACCCAGUACGCCAACCUCAUGCACAACUUCAUCUUGAAGGCCCGGAGCACUGUUCGUGAAAUUGACCCCCAGAAUGACCUCACUUUCCUUCGAAUUCGCUCCAAGAAAAAUGAAAUUAUGGUUGCACCAGAUAAAGACUACUUCCUGAUUGUGGUUCAGAAUCCAACUGAAUGAGCCACUCUCUUGGCUCCCCACGUCAUUCCUUAAUUCAGUGUCCCCAAGAAUAAUAGUGUUAAUCAUGUCAACCAAUUGGCAGGUAGAAAUCACCUUAGAGCUCAUGUAGACCAAUCCAGUGACCAAGGUGGGCUGCAGCUCCACCUCAUCUCACCAAAGUCAUCCCUCUGCUGGCCAGUUGCCCCUGAGUUCCCAGGAGGACCCUCUUUUUUCAAGUCCAGGUUUUGGAGCAAGAGCUUGUGAGAGUUCCACACCCUGCUUCCUUCUGACCUUCAGUUCACUUUGUUGCCCUUGGAGAAGGCUGUUUUUCUUGAACUAAAAAUAAUUGAAACAUGCCCUGUUGUGUGUCUUUAAACACUAGGUGGAAAAGGCCUCUCUCUUUCUGCGUCAUCACGUGGUCUGAAGGCUGAGCCCCAGUGCCACCUCAGCCUCCACAGCAGGCUGUGUCCAUAGCUUGAGAGGCCUGCUACUUGAUUGCACUUGUGGCCAUGCUUGCUGAGCCUGGUUUAUAAUCAGUUCCCUGGUUUCCGGGUCUCUUGUCCUUAGCCAUCCCUUUUAUCAGUUACCACUCCCGCCAAUGUUUGUUUUUUGUUUGUUUUAAUUCUCAUGCAAGGACAUGCUCAGAGAGAGGAGAGGAAGGGGAGAGAGAGUGAGGGAAU